UUUUGAUAGUAAAGCAAUAGUUGUUGCUAGUCAUAAUGAAGUUAUAGUUGUUGCUAAUUAUAAUGAUAAAGUUGUGGUUGUUGUUGAUCAUAAUAGUAAAACUGUGAUUAUUGCUGGUUAUGAUAGU